CCUCUGGCUGUGCCAGGAUAAACCCAGACUCCUCCUCCUGGCCUGUGAGAUCUGUGCCCUUUGAUCCCCCUGCCUGUCUGUCCUCAUCCCCUAGAACGCCCCUCACUCAGAAAGCUCACGUCCACCCCAUCCAGCCCGCUUGUCUGUUCCUGUAAAUUCAUUCCUGCAUAAAGAUCUCACAUUAUACGUGCUGUCUGUCGUAUGUGCUGUUUUCUCUGCCCAAACGUUCAUCCAGGUCACUCAUCUGAUAGCUGCAGCCCCUUCCUCUGCUGGUCACCUGACUCAGAGCAACCUGCCCUGACCAUGCCGCCACUCCCCACCCCACCCCCUCUGCCAGCCCGCCAUUGCUCACUCCUGAGAUGCUCACCUGCACCUGCUUCCUCCCGGCAGCCUCCAGGGUGGCUCGGUGUUCCCAGCACAGUGCACAGCACGCUGUGUGUUCAUUGCUGGUUUUGUUUCUGCUGAGGGUGGGGAAGCUUUUCAUGAGGCCCAGCCCUCAGGGGUGUUAGGGGGUCACCUUUGCGUCAGCACUGGUUCUGCUCCCUAGGUCUCUGCUGUGGCCACCUGAGCCUGCAGGAUGUUUCACGGGAUCCCAGCCACUCCUGGCAUGGGAGCCCCUGGAAACAAGCCGGAGCUGUAUGAGGAAGUGAAGCUGUAUAAGAAUGCCCGUGAGCGGGAAAAGUAUGACAACAUGGCAGAGCUGUUCGCAGUUGUGAAGACGAUGCAGGCCCUGGAGAAGGCGUACAUCAAGGACUGCGUCAGCCCCAACGAGUACACUGCGGCCUGCUCACGGCUCCUAGUCCAGUACAAAGCUGCCUUCCGGCAGGUACAGGGGUCAGAGAUCAGCUCCAUCGAUGAAUUCUGCCGCAAGUUCCGACUGGACUGCCCCCUUGCCAUGGAGAGGAUCAAGGAGGACCGGCCCAUCACCAUCAAGGACGACAAGGGCAACCUGAAUCGCUGCAUUGCCGAUGUGGUCUCGCUCUUCAUCACAGUGAUGGACAAGCUGCGCCUGGAGAUCCGGGCCAUGGACGAGAUCCAGCCCGACCUGCGGGAGCUGAUGGAGACCAUGCACCGCAUGAGCCACCUGCCCCCUGAUUUCGAGGGCCGCCAGACGGUCAGCCAGUGGCUGCAGACCCUGAGUGGCAUGUCAGCCUCAGACGAGCUGGACGACUCCCAGGUGCGCCAGAUGCUCUUCGACCUGGAAUCAGCCUACAACGCCUUCAACCGCUUCCUGCACGCCUGAGCCCAGCCUCCCUACCCCCACCUUCUGCAACGGUCCCAUUUCCCCCGACGUCUGCAAGCGUUUUGCCAUGCACAGUGGCCUAGAGCCCGCUCCCCCAAUAAAGAUGCUUUCUGACCUCCCUGCUGCUGUGGGCGCCCCCCGCCCGCCCCAGGCCCGCCCUGCCUGUUUGUCUGCCCUCUGGGCCUCGGGAGCACGCAGCCCAUUCAUCAGGGAAGAGCCUCAGUGGCACUUUAGACGCAGCGCCUUCCCUGGUGGGCACGGCCUGGCAAGCCAGCAGGGGUGCGCCUCCCCGCAGGCCAGGUAGGCUUGCAUCUGCCUGCCACACCUUCCCCCACCUCUCAGCUGAGAGCUUUAGGCAGCGCGGCGGCCCAGCUGGCCAGGUCGGCGCAGAGCCUGACACCCUUGCAGCAGGGCCCAUCCUUGUGCGGUGGCUCACAGGAGCGCCGGUUGGUAGCUCACAGUAGCACAGCUUGUCCUCCUGCCUGCCACCAAGGGUGUCCCUCACCCGGGAGCAAGGCCCAGCCGGCAGACGCCACGGGAGCCCCAGAGCUGGCCUUGCCCAAAGCCUGGUGGGGAAGCAACGCCUGCUCCAAGGCCUUGUGCCGUCAGUGCUGGAAGCUGCCUGGCCCCACGGGGUUCAUGUCUGCGUCCUCAUCCUCUGGGGCAGACAGCAAGCAGCAAACCAGAGACCAAGGCUCUGGGUUCCAGGGGGGUGGGUUCCAGUUUUAGCAGCUGUGGUGCUGGGAUAAGGGACACGCCAGAGUUUCAUCGUAGCAUUUUCUCUUAGUGGUACUUUGUACCUGGCUUCUAGAGACAACCAAAUAAAGUGUGUGGUAUCUUGA